AUGCCUUACAACUCGGAGCGACGCGAGCUCUUACGCGACCUGGACACAGCCUGCGCCCUCAGUAUCGUAGGCGACGACGCCGAAGAGAGAGAUAUGCUGUGGACGACAUAUCUAUCCGUCGCUACAAGCAGGUAUCUCUACGAUCGUAUAGGAGCCCCACACCGAGACGACAAGUUUGAUGAGCUUUUGGCACUCCCAGAGAACGAGUUCCGGCAGGUUACGCGGGUUUCCAAGUCUUCGUUUGCUGCUCUACACGACUAUAUCGGAGGGAACACUGUGUUUAAUUCCGGUGGCACCGAUGCGCCGCACAAACAACGGCCAGCGAGUGUACAGAUUGCCGUUGCACUCGCCCGGCUCGGAGCAAAUGGAAAUGCUGCUUGUGUUGGAGAAUUUCACCGGCGGUUCAAUAUAGCUGCUGGGUCGGUGGUAGCGUAUACGAAGCGAGUCGUUGUAGCUCUCAAGGCAGUGCGUGCGCAAUGGAUUGCGUGGCCGUCACGAGCCAGACGACGGGAGGUUGCGAGCGUUAUGGCAUCAGAGGGUUUCCCUGGAUGCGUUGGCUUUAUUGAUGGCACUACACUGCCCCUCUCACAACGCCCAGCACUAGAUGGAAGCAGUUACUGGGAUAGAAAGAAAAGGUUGUGUGUGACAGCGAUAAGAGAAUUAUUGCGGUACAUUGCGGCUGUCCUGGGUCAUGCGCUGAUUCGAAUGUGUUUAAGCGGAUGA